GGGCCAAAGGGUCUCAGGAGCUGGGCAGGUGGAGGGGGAGGCGCAAAGAGGACAGUCUCCACCAGCCAGCCAGCCAGCCACGGCUUGGACCCCAUCAUCUUCUCCCCUCUUCCUUCCUCCUUUCCUCCUUUCCUUCCUUCCUUCCUUCCUUCCUUCUCUCCCCAAGUUGGUGGCGAAUGACUUGCGGCGAUCUCAUGGAUUUCGUGGGAUGUUCUGAGACAAGGUGCAUGGGCCAGUUCCUUCCUCCGACACGCAGCCUGCGGCAGAUGGGAUCCCUCGGCGGCGGCCUCCCAUCCAAGUCCUAACCAGAGGCAACCCUGCUUAGCGUCCAAGCGAUAGGUCCGCGGAGGUUGUCCGGCCCGCGUGCCCGGUUGUCUUCCCCUGAAGCCCGUUGCCGGCAGUGUGUGGAGCCCGCCCCACACCUGCCCCCGGCCACGCCACGGCCUUUACUUGCGUCUUCCAGUGUUUCCCCUGCGACCCCUCCUGUGGGAGCGCCUCCUGGGCCGCCCACGAGUUCCCCCCGAGCUCGGUGGCGCCAAUGGUGAAGAUGACCCGCUCCAAGACCUUCCAGGCCUACCUGCCUUCCUGCCACCGCACCUACAGCUGCAUCCACUGCAGGGCACACCUGGCCAACCACGACGAACUCAUCUCCAAGUCUUUCCAAGGAAGCCAAGGCCGGGCCUAUCUCUUCAAUUCCGUAGUUAACGUGGGCUGUGGCCCGGCAGAAGAACGGGUUUUGUUAACGGGGCUGCAUGCGGUUGCUGACAUUUACUGUGAAAACUGCAAAACCACGCUGGGGUGGAAAUACGAACAUGCGUUCGAAAGCAGUCAAAAGUAUAAAGAAGGCAAAUACAUAAUUGAGUUAGCGCACAUGAUCAAGGAUAACGGCUGGGAUUGAGUGGCGACGGGUUUAAAGCAUGCCCACAAUCCAUGUGCAAGA